AGUUUUUUUUUUCUAAUUUUUUUAGAUGAAUAUAAAUAUUAAGCAAUGAAUAAUGAAAGUUGGUUUAAGAAUUCAGAUAAUCAAUUUUCUUCAUUUUCAUGGGGUGGCGAGGAAACAAUGCACAAUAUUGAUCCAUUAAAUGAAUCCAAUAAUCUUGUUUGGCAAAUAAGAGAUUUUAAUGGUCCAAGUGUAAUUCAAACAAGUCAUGGCAAAAGAAAAGGUUCAAAUGAGAGUUUCCAUCCUGUCACUAAACAACUCAUCACUGAGGCACGUAUUGCAAAUUCUAUGCAGAGAAUGAGUCUGGGACAAGAUUCAACUGAUAAACCUAUUCCUUCUCCUAAAUCAAACAGUCUUUCUAAAGGACAUGAUGAAGGAUUCGAAGAACUUGAUGCAUUUGAAACAGACAGCGAAAAUGAAGAUAUUGUAUUGGACACAUCAGCUGAAAGCAAAUCUCCACAGUUUCCUCAGUUUUAUGUUCAUGAUGAUCUGAAAAAGGAAUUUGCUCGAAUUGAUAACAGCAUUUUACCAAAGAAGAUUGUUAAUUCCAUAAAUCAAUCUGCCCUUGCACUUGUCUUGUAUGAGCCAAUAAAAAACACAUUGUUAAAAUCAUUUGAGCAGAUUCAUGAAAAAAAAGAUGAUGUAAAAAAAAAUAAUGAAGAUAAGAGUAGAGCAAUUAAUUGUGAAUCUGUAGAAAACUUUGUUCCAAAAGUGGAAGGAAUGGAGUUAUAUUCUAUUGAAGAUGAAAUAAUGACUGAAUGAGUUUAAUGUCAUUAAUGCUGUGUUGAUGCUAUGAAUGAGUUAAUUGGUUAUCUGGACAUAUGCGGAUAUAUUCAAGCUGUAUCUGAAAAUAAAAAUCAUCAGUUUGAAACAUGUGCAAUGUGGUUACAUUAAAAGUUAGAUUUGAAUAUGCAAUGUUUGUCAUGUGGUUAUAUUGAACAAUAAAAUAGAUUGACUUUACCAGAUUUGUUGAUGUAAAAAUUAUCAAGAUUUUAUUUAUAAUUUUUUGUUA